UAACUAGUCUAGAAGAAAACAGAAGCAGCCCAAAUUCAACGGAGUGGAGCUGGCGAGCUAUUGCACAUCACAGCCUACCCCAAAGGGAAGCCACUGGUAGCGUCACCAUCAGUCAAAACAAAGCGCAAGAGGUUCAUCCUCUCGAUUCUGAGAUUUUUCUCAAUCCCACUUCUUAUUCCGUUCUUCCUCCUCGAAUCGAAGCUCAAGUUGCUAACUUGCUCGGUGGACUCGCCGGCGAGGAGCUUCCCAUGUAGCCUUCAGACCCGAGCUUUCGAUCCCUCGCCGCUUCUUGUUCGAAGCCUAUUUCCACAAUCUUAAAACAAAGAUACGGCCUGCCUAAGUAGUUCUUACCUUCAGAGAAAGUUAUUAGUUUUCUCUUUCUUUAACCGGCUUUUGCUUUGCUAAGAAGGAAUUUCUUUGGCAAACGAGACUGAGUACCAGAAGGCGCCAGCUAGAGCUUCGGAGAUGUUGGAGAAGGUGAAGGGAUUCAAUGGAGACCGUGUGAUAGAGGAGUUUGAAGCAUUAACAAAGGAAGCUGAGAGGGUUCAAAGAGAGACCCUUCAGAGGAUUCUCGAAGAGAACGGUGCAGCAGAAUACUUGCAGAAUUUGGGGCUUGGAGGAAAAACUGACCCAGAUAGCUUCAAGGCAUGCGUUCCUUUGGUGACUCACAAGGAUCUGGAGCCUUAUAUACAGAGAAUUGCAGAUGGAGAUGCCUUACCAAUCCUCACUGGGAGGCCAAUAAAAUCGAUUUCUUUGAGCUCUGGUACAACACAAGGGAAACCAAAACUUGUUCCUUUUAAUGAGGAAUUAGAGCAGUCCACAAUGGGCAUAUAUCGGACUUCUUUUGCUUUCAGGAAUAGAGCACAUCCUAUAGGGAAUGGAAAAGCCUUACAAUUCAUUUACAGCAGCAAGCAGUUCAGAACAAAAGGUGGCCUUUUAGCUACCACUGCCACUACAAAUGUGUACCUAAGCCAGUCAUACAGAAACACCAUGAAAGACAUUCAAUCUCAGUGCUGCAGUCCUGAAGAAGUUAUUUUCAGCCUUGAUUACAAUCAAUCAUUGUACUGCCACCUUUUAUGUGGUUUGAUAUGCUCUGAAGAAGUUCAGUUUGUGUUCUCCACAUUUGCCCACAGCAUUGUUCAUGCAUUUCGAACAUUCGAACAAGUAUGGGAAGACCUUUGCUGUGAUAUAAGAGAGGGAGUUCUGUCCAGUAGAAUCACAAUUCCUUCUAUCCGUAGUGCUGUUUCUAGGCUUCUACGCCCAAAUCCUCAACUGGCAGACACCAUUUACAGUAAAUGUGUAAGCUUGAGUAGCUGGUAUGGCUUAAUUCCGGAGCUUUGGCCAAAUGCGAAAUAUGUCUAUGGAAUCAUGACAGGAUCAAUGGAGCCUUACUUGAGUAAACUAAGGCACUAUGCGGCGAACUUGCCUCUGAUGAGUGCUGAUUAUGGGUCUUCAGAAGGUUGGAUUGGUGCUAAUAUUGAUCCAGAAGAACCGCCGGAAUCCGCUACCUUUACCGUUCUUCCCAACAUUGGGUAUUUUGAAUUUAUACCUCUAAAGGAAAGAGGGCAUGAGCAGAAGGUAGAGAAUUGCGCUUCGAUUAUCAGGCAUAGAGAGCCAGAGCCCAUUGGACUGACUGAAGUUAAUGUUGGUGAAGAGUAUGAAGUAAUUAUCACUACUUUUGCAGGUUUAUACCGUUACAGACUGGGUGAUGUUGUGAAGAUAGCUGGCUUUCACAACUCAACACCAAAACUCCAGUUUGUUCACAGAAGAAACCUCAUUCUAACUGUCAACAUUGACAAGAACACUGAGAAAGACCUUCAGUUGGCAGUUGAAGAGGCGAGCAAGCUCUUGGCAGUAGAGAAGGUUGAGGUCCUGGACUUUACUAGCCAUGUCGAUAUGUCAACUGAUCCUGGUCACUAUGUCAUCUUCUGGGAGCUCAGCAGCAAUGCUAGGGAGGAGGUUCUCAGUAACUGCUGUGAUUGCUUGGACCGUGCCUUCAUCGAUGCAGGCUAUGUUGGUUCGAGGAAGGUUCGAGCAAUCGGCCCUCUCGAGCUUCGCAUUGUGAACAGCGGCACCUUCCAUAAGAUUCUAGAACAUUAUGUCUCUCUUGGUGCAGCAUUGAACCAAUUCAAAACACCAAGAUGCGUUGGCCUGUCGAACUGCAGCGUGCUUCAGAUUCUUAAUAGUAGUGUGCUUAAGAGCAUCUUCAGCAAUGCAUAUUGUUGAGAGCAUAAAUAGAAUAAGCAACUGUUUCAGCUUUAUUAUGGUGGUGGUAUAGCCUGUCUUAGACUUCGUUUGGGACGGCUUUCUUUCUGCUUCUUAAAGCACCUUUUUAAUACAAAAAUUAAAAUUUGUGUACUAAAAUGCUGCUUUAAGAAGCAACAAAAAAACCGUCCCAAAUGAAGCCUUAGCUUUGCUGAUCUUUUGCUUUCUAAUGUUAUGCAAGAGUUGUAAUUUCUGUAAUCUUCCCUGUGUAAGUGAUCUAUCAAAGGAAUGCAAGCAGAGAAGUUUGGAAUCCAGCACAAUAGAGUUGUAAUUUUCUGGUAUGAGCUUUCUUUGUAACUGGAUUUGAUUAACAUCUCCAUUUAAGGGGUUUUCCUUUGACUGAAAUUUAAGCUCUCUCUUCCUUUCUAA